CUCAACCCUUCCCUCCCUCCCCGCCGCCGCCAUGGCCACCUCCGCGCGCCCGCUGGUCUCCGUCAAGGCCCUGGACGGCGACAUGGCCACGGACUCCGCCGGCAUCCCGAUGCCGCACGUCCUCCGCGCGCCGAUCCGCCCCGACGUGGUCCGCUUCACCCACAAGCUCAUCUCCUGCAACAAGCGCCAGCCCUACGCCGUUUCCACCAAGGCCGGCCACCAGACCUCUGCCGAGUCCUGGGGCACCGGGCGCGCCGUCUCGCGUAUCCCGCGCGUCGGCGGCGGCGGCACCCACCGCGCCGGCCAGGGAGCCUUCGGCAACAUGUGCCGCGGCGGCCGCAUGUUCGCGCCCACCAAGAUCUGGCGCAAGUGGCACAAGCGCGUCAACGUGCGCAUGCGCCGCGUCGCCGUCGCCUCGGCGCUCGCCGCCACCGCCGUCCCGUCCCUCGUCCUCGCCCGCGGCCACCGCAUCGAGAACGUCCCCGAGUUCCCGCUCGUCGUCUCCGACUCGGCCGAGGGCGUCGAGAAGACCGCCCAGGCCAUCAAGGUCCUCAAGCAGCUCGGCGCCUACGCCGACGCCGAGAAGGCCAAGGACUCCGUCGGCAUCCGCCCCGGCGUCGGUAAGAUGCGCAACCGCAGGUACAUCAACCGCAAGGGGCCCCUCAUCGUCUACGGCACCGAGGGCUCCAAGAUCGCCAAGGCCUUCCGCAACCUCACUGGUGUUGAUGUUGCCAACGUCGAGCGCCUCAACCUGCUCGAUCUCGCUCCUGGUGGCCACCUUGGCCGGUUCGUCAUCUGGACCGAGUCUGCUUUCAAGAAGCUCGACGAGGUCUAUGGUUCCCUGGAGACACCUUCACUGAAGAAGAAGGGCUUCGUUCUCCCCAGGCCCAAGAUGACCAACGCUGACUUGGGCAGGCUCAUCAACUCUGAUGAGGUCCAGUCUGUGGUCAAGCCCAUCAACAAGGAGGUCAAGCGCAGGGAGGCUAGGAAGAACCCGCUCAAGAAUGCCGCUGCUGUGCUCAAGCUCAACCCCUACUUCGGGACUGCACGCAGGAUGGCAGUUCUCGCUGAGGCGGCUCGCGUCAAGGCCAGGAAGGACAAGAUUAACUCCAAGAGGACCAAGCUCAGCGCGGAGGAGGCUUCUAAGAUCAAGGCUGCUGGAAAGGCGUGGUACCAGACCAUGAUCUCUGACAGCGACUACACGGAGUUUGACGUGUUCUCCAAGUGGCUCGGCGUUAGCCAGUGAUCUUCUGGCUGGAGUAGUAGCAAGUUUAUCAUCUUACCUUAAGAUCCAGAAAUCAUGAUUUAUGUUACUAUUGUGAUAUGGUAUCUGUUAUCUGGAGUUUCAGACAUUGUAUGCUGUUUUGGUAGUUCUUUAUCGGGAGUGUUUUACCUAUGGACACAUCUGGAGACAUAGUAUAUGGUCAUGCUUUUCUGUCAA